GCGACGAAUGGGUGGUGAUGGUUGAGUUUCUCAGUGAGCUACACUGAAAUUCUCCUCCUCUUUCCCUCCUUCCUUGUCUCAGCUGAAGUUCAAGUGACUUUUAUUUGUGUGUGUGCAUGAACACAUAUCUUCUGAGUCUUUCUUUUUCUGACAGCGAGUGGAUGAGCAGAUGCCUUGAAAGAGCCUAGGAUAAGGAGUAGGCUUUGGUUGGAAGUGGACCAAUCACAGGCUCCGUAUUUUUCUGCUCAUCUCCCAAUGGCCUUCACAUUUCCCUGAUAGGGAAAUUGAGCCACACCCUUCGCACCUGACCCAUGGUAUUAGGCCCCUUGAGCCAUGGAGGCCAUUGAUGUCCCUGUGGGGAACCUCAUUGACUUUGACUCUGAACCUUCCACCACCGACACCUCCGAAUCCGUCCCUGCUGCUCCUCCCUCCACCAAUGGCAAUGGGUUGCUGGAUCACCUGGCGGGCGACACGGCCGCAGUGGCGGAAGAGAGCGACGCGACGGAAUCUGCCGACAGUGAGAAUGACACAACGGACUCGCCCACCCAUCACAGCUGGAACAACCACCGCCGCUCCUCCUCAGAGUCCUACUCAUCGAACCAGAGCACAGAGUCCGCCAAGGACGAAGUGACAGCAGAGCACCGGGAGUUCAUCAGGAAGUAUGUGGAGAAGAUCUUCACGGGAGGAGAGGAAUUUGACCAAGAGGAGAAAGCCAAGUUUGGAGAACUCUGCAGUGGGGAGAAUGCAAAAGGCAGGGAAUGGUUUGCAAGAUACGUGAGCGCUCAGCGCUGCAAUUCCAAGUGUGUCUCGGAGCAGACUUUCUAUCGACUGGUGCAGUCCUUUGCUGUGGUCCUCUUUGAGUGUUACCAGAUGGAUGAUUUCAGCCCUGCUAAGAACCUGAUGACCAUGUGCUUUACCUAUUACCAUAUUGGAAAGCCCCAAGCGCUGCCCAUCGAGUCCAAGGAGAAGCCCACCGGCAGCAUCGAUUCCUACCUGAAGUCCGCAAACAGCUGGUUAGCCGAGAAGAAGGACAUUGCGGAGCGGCUCCUGAAGAACACGUCGGCGAAGACGGAGAAUGUGAAAGGCUUCUUUGGGAGCUUUGAAAGCAAGCUGAAGGGGCCCGGGCCCAAGAAAGCUGAGGAUGAUGAAGACAAACCAAGAGAGAGAAUCCACAAAUCAGUUUCCCUGUACAGUCCUGAGGAUGAGGAAGAAAAAACAGGAGAGAAGAUCUACCUGUACAUGCACCUGAAGCAACAACCCAUCUGGCAUACCCUGCGGUUUUGGAAUGCGGCUUUCUUCGACGCGGUUCACUGUGAGAGGCGGAAACGGUCUCCCACCACUAGAGGGAAUGCUGGAGAGGAAGAGGAAACGAGGGAGAAAUGGUGUCACAUGACCCAAGAGGAGCGAGACGAUAGUCUGCGGUUUAAUGAGAAUAUCACCUUUGGACAGUUGGGUACUUUCACUCACAACAUGUUGGCUUUUGGGCUGAACAAGAAGCUUUGCAACGACUUCUUGAAGAAGCAGGCAGUGAUUGGCAACCUGGAUGAAGAGCAGUACAAGCUGCUUAGUGAUCACAUCGAACAAAUGGCUGCAGAAUAGCACCGCGACCUGCCUCCUGCAUUCAGGAACUAACAGAGAGGAAGCCAGUGGGGAUGCAAGGGUUGGAAAAAAGCCUGUCUCUGAGACUACCUGCAACAUAAAAGAUGGGCUUUUCAAAAAAGCAAAAACUAUACCCAACUGACACUGUGUUAAACCUGCAUGAUCGUCUUCUAACCACGUAGAGCUGCGCUGCGCAGCCCGUUAUAGACGUAGGAGCUUGGCAAUCAAAGCUGCCCGCCCUCUUCUGAUGCUGCCACCUCCCCAUAUGCCUCUUCCACCCAGACUGUGACUGAAUGGAGACCUCUGGGCAGAAUCUUCUGGGUAUGAGGCAGAGUGCAAGUCAGCACGGGAGAGUCUAGCGUGCUGGUAAAGGCGGAAGGCUGAGCUUUUGGGAUAGCCUCUCCUCUCUCUGCUUUCUGCUGCUGAAUUUUUCCUUUUAGCAUCAAAAGUUUGCAGAGUAUAAAAAAUGUGUGUGUGUGCAAGGGAUGCAGAAAGGGGUGGGUGGGAGGGAAGAUAGACACCCUAGUUUCAAUUAUUGCUCUAGAAGACCCCUAAAGUGAAUACCAGGAGUUCUGUAGGCCAGGAGGCCAGAUGCAAAUCUUCCUGAUGGGGGCUAUAUUUAAGAAGAUGGGCAGGAAAUGGGUGGUUGGGUCAGUGAUUCUGUGUUAGGCUGGAACAGAAGGCCUAGAUCCCCACCACCACCACCUUUACAGUUUUUACAAGUUCUUUCUUGCAGUAUCUUUUGAUGAAGGUUGCUCUGAUCCAGCCAGUAACUUUUUGUUAGGCGUUUUCUGUUUCCCUGGUAGCUGCUCCAUCUGAAAGCAAUUGAUGGGGGUGCCCACUACUUUCAAAUGGUCAGAUAGAUCUGCCUUCCUGAACUGUCAAGGGGAGGGAACAUCCUGGUGUAUGCAGCAGCAUAUCUGGCUGGGCUUUGAGCAUGAGCCUUCUGGAGUCAAGGUGUGAUCAAAGCGAAGCCCACAGCAGGAAGUUGCCAAUGCAAACUCUCUCCGGCUGCUCAAGUUUUCGUUAAAUGAAAGAUUGUCAGCAGAGGUGGUAAAUCUUCAUGGUAGCAAGCCUCUUCAGCUUGUGAUUUUGAGAAGAUCGCUCAGAGCCAGCUGUUGCAGUGUUUAUGGAACUCCAACAACCUGUUUGCCAUUUUUUAAAACAACACCAACCAUGA